GGCGCCAGUGAGUCGAUGAGUUGAGUGUUGAGUGGGCCGCAGAAGAAGACGCGCUGCCGCUGGAGUUUACUAGUUGAAUGACAGCGGCGGCGUGAACUUUGCGGAGAUUACGCUUUGGGAGCGGCUCGCUUUAUUUCAGUGCAGCGUUUUUUACUUUUGAUUUCUUCCCUUCGCUUUUGGAAAAAUGAGGGACCGGACCAAAGAAUUAGGAAAUACCGCAGAGGCUUCGGAUGACGACGAGGAGGGCAAAGCGCUGAUCAGAUCUGGAGGCUCAGAGAAGGAAAAUGAAACCUUUUUCAGAAAGACCCAAGAAAUUCACCAGGGGCUCCAGCAGCUCAAAAGGAUGGUGUCUGACCUCGAGAACAAACAGAAAACUGUGCUGGGCGAGGCGCUACCGAAGGAAGAUAUGAAGAAAGAGCUCCAAACUCUUCGAGACGAGAUCAAAACGCUGGCUGGUCAAAUCCAGAGAAAGCUGAAGAGUAUUGAGCCCAAGAAGGGAGAGGAUGAUGGGAAAUACAUACCCAUAAAUACUCGAAUGCAGCGCACACAGCACACUAUCUUGUCCAAGGAGUUUGUGGAGCUCAUGGGCCACUGUAACACCAUCCAGGCUCAGUACAGGGACAGAAACGUGGAAAGAAUACAGAGGCAGCUGAAAAUCACUGGCAGCAACGUGACAGAUGAGCAGCUGGAUGCGAUGCUCGAGAGCGGGCAGACGGAUGUUUUCACCCAAAAUAUCCUGAGUGAUACUAAAGCUACGAGGCAGGCUCUGAAUGAGAUCGAGUCCCGGCACGAUGAGAUCCUGAAGCUGGAGAGCAGCAUCAGAGAGCUGCACGACAUGUUCCAGUACCUCGCCAUGGAGGUGGAGGCUCAGGGCGAGAUGGUGGACAGGAUUGAGAACAAUAUCAACAAGUCUUCAGACUACGUGGAGAAAGCAAAGGGCGAACUGGAGAAAGCGGUCACGUAUCAGCAUAGAUCACGCAAGAAAAAACUCUGGAUUGCAAUCUGUUUGGCCAUCCUUCUCCUCAUCAUCAUCAUCGCCUUGGUCACCACCUUCUCAUCCUAGCAACACCCUGUGGUGCAAGUUAGCAGAAGCACAUUAUGGAUACCCCCAAAUCCACACAUUCAUGCGUAUACAUCAGCUCACAGGAUGUACAGCUGAGCGGAGUCAGUGGAUUUCAGUUUGUUUUUUUUUAUUCCUCUAACCCUCCUGUCCGCCUAACGGUCCUGCUCUCCACUUUUUCUGUUGUAUGGAAGAGAUGUGCUCUCUCGUUUAAUCUCACAAUCUGUGCUGCACGCUCGAUGCCGGCGCCGCACGUUUUGUCAGUUUCUGUUCUGCAAAAACAAACAGCGGGACUCACUGUGGACUGUUACACCAGUCGAUCCUUCCCCUCCUGUGUUAAAAAAAAAAUAAAAAAAUAGAAAAAAAGAGGAAUUAAGUGACCUUGAGUGGGGCACAGAGCAGUAUUGAUCAAACACUGGCACUCGUCAUACUGUACUCAGGAAAACUGUGUUGUAACGUUGAUGCUUCUGGAUGAAUUGGAGACCUAAAGAACAAUUUUAUAAUGUAGGCCUUUUAUAGUCGGAUACAGGAAAUAGACUAAUAUAAUUGUACAUAACCGAUGUUGCUGGUGAUAAAAAAUUUAUGCAGAUGAUUUUUAAAACUUCAAAGUUUUUUUUUCAUACUGCGUACAUGUAACAAGUGUA